CCACCAGAAUUUGGGUCUCUAAAGGCCCAGUUUUAUUGGCUUCCACUGAUUAGGGUUUUUUUGGCUGCUUAAAACCCUCGUUUUCCCUUCUCUCAUAUUAUCUUCCGUCGACUUUCGAGGGCUCGUUCGUCUCUUUUCCUCUGUUAAAACGAUGUCAGUUUCAGAGGCCGCUUGUACUUACGCCGCCCUCAUACUCUUUGAUGAUGGCAUUCCUAUCACUGCUGAGAAGAUCACAACUUUGGUUAAAGCUGCUGGUGUGAAUGUCGAAUCAUAUUGGCCAGGUUUGUUUGCAAAGCUUGCUGAGAAGCGUAACCUGGGGGAUCUCAUAAUGAAUGUAGGAGCUUCUGGUGGUGGUGCUGUAGCAGUUGCUGCUGCCCCAGCUGCCGCUGGUGGUGUUCCAGAUGCCGCAGCUCCUGCUGCUGAGGAGAAGAAGAAGGAAGAACCAGCAGAGGAGAGUGACGAUGAUAUGGGAUUCAGCUUGUUCGAUUAGGAUCUUAUUUCAUUCAAAUUUGGUCCAGUCUCUUUUUUACUUUAGUAGUUUCUCAUCAAAUCUCUUUGGUACUUGUUAAAUGGCUUGAUAUUAGUAUUCCUGAACAAAGUUUACGACUUGUUUCUGCACAAUGUAGAUUGCUACCUGAUAUAUAUCUUAUUUCAGGCUCCAUUGCGUUUUUUCUCUUC